UCACUGUUGAGAGCGGGCAGUUAUUGAAAGUCACGCGCGUGUCGACUCGCGCGCACAUUGCGAACGAAAUACGAUUUACGAAUUAUUAACUUGUGGUGUCCCACUGGGGAAUAUUUUAGGUCCAGUGUUUUUGAUAAAUUGUCGAACAUUGUUCUGAUUAAUUUGUGUGUUUAUGUGCAAGUGUUACGUGGUCCAUUGAAUUGAUGCUGACAUGCAUGAUACAAAACAGCGCUCAGAAAAUGAUACCACACGCAGUUUGACGGUUGAAAAGUGAUGCAAAAAGUGUUAAACAGUGAACAGUGACUCUUGGACUGUGUACCUAUGUGUGAGAAAGUGUGCAAUAGUGGUAAAAUGACGAACAUUACUCCUGAGACAAGGAUCAUGAUGAUGCGGUCUAAUGAUGGAAGGAAUAGUUAUAGGAGACAGAUCUUGGCGGCUCUUGCGGUCUCCCUGGGCCCUUUCGCCGCAGGCCUCAGUAAAGGCUACAUGUCUCCAGCGAUAGCCUCGAUGCAGGACACCAGGCCUCAUGAUGGAGGGUUCACCGUCAGCGACCAGCAGGCCAGCUGGAUUGCCAGUCUUAGUUUAUUGGGUGCUUUCAUCGGCGGCAUCAUGGGUGGGUUUGCGAUGCGUCUGGGCCGUCGCACCGUGCUCAUAGCUACCGCCUUACCUUACACCCUGGCGUGGCUCGCUACUGCAUUGUCCACCAGUGUGCACAUGAUAUCCGCAGCCUCAUUCUGCGGGGGAAUGCUUAUCUGCUGUAUUAAUAUGACUACACAAGUUUACGUCACUGAAAUAGCAGUCCCCGAAAUCAGAGGUUGCCUUAGCUCUGUACUCAAGAUAUUGAGCCAGAUUGGAAUCCUGAUAUCUUUCUCCAUUGGCGCUUACUUGAACUGGUACCAGCUCGCCCUCAUGGUCGCCGCAGCACCUAUACUUCUGUUCUUCGCUCUCUUCUUUAUUCCUGAAACUCCUUCUUCUCUUCUACUAAGAGGGAGGGAGCAGGAAGCAGAAGAGUCUCUCCAGUGGCUUCGAGGACCAGAAGCGGAUAUACGGCAAGAACUAGCAACAAUACGAACAAAUAUUCUCGCCAGUAAACUAUUCAAUGAUGACAAUGCUGGAAAAUUCAAAGCGUUGCUUUCGAAAAGAAUGACAAGGCCGGUUUUGAUAACAUGUGGACUGAUGUUCUUCCAGAGGUUUACUGGAGCAAACUUGUUUAACUUUUACGCAGUAAAGAUGUUUAAGAAAACCUUCAGAACGAUGAACCCUCACGGAGGAGCAAUAGCAACUAGCGUCGCUCAGCUGUUAGCGUCAUGUCUAUCAGGAAUGUUGAUUGACAACGUGGGCCGACUUCCCCUACUGAUGAUAAGUGGAGUAAUGAUGUCCAUAGCCCUAGCUGGCUUCGGAUCAUACGCCUAUUAUGAGGAAGUGUUUAGAAACUCUACAGAUUUAAUGCAAUCAGAACCGACGUACGAUUGGAUCCCUCUUCUUUGCGUCUUAACAUUUACGAUCGCGUUUUCUUUGGGCAUUAGCCCAAUCUCUUCUCUGUUAAUUGGGGAGCUAUUUCCUCUUGAAUACAGAAGUACUGGCAGUGCUCUGGCUACAAGCUUCAGUCAUCUUUGUGGGUUUGUUAACGUCAAGACAGCUACUGAUAUCCAAGACUAUAUAGGUCUUUAUGGGCUAUUUUGGAUGUAUGCUGGGACUUCAGUACUAUGUCUUCUGUUUGUGGUACUUUUCGUUCCAGAAACAAAAGGUCGUGAGAUCGAUGAGAUGGAUCCAAAGUACGUGGAGUCUCUGUGUAUUAAUCGAUAGUCUUUGUUGUAUUUGAUAUUAUGGUUUGUUUUUUAGAAGACGGAGGUUGAGUGCAUAAUAGCAUUUGGUAGAAAAAUGUUAGUUUUCACUAAUGGGACACUGUUUGCUAGUCACAAGAAGUGCAAUGGAACUACGUCGGUGUUGAGCAGGUCUCUUAGUGUAUCAGAAUGCGGUUGAUCGCGCUUCAGCGUUCGACUUGAGCACGACUAAGGUCUUCAACCAGUAUUAAUGUUAGUAUUGUCUUCAAGUGCCUUUAUCUUAAAAAGUUCCUGUACUGUGACUUGAGAAAUUGCAUCAGGAACAUGUUGUUUGAUCAAAUAUUGUGCUACAAUGUUACUUAUGGUGCUUUCGUGUUUAGAGAAAUAAUGUAAAUAGCUUGUUUUAUAUCUAAAUCGGAAUCAUUCGACGCUUUUGUUGAAUCGUUUGUUAUGACUUGUACCAGAUAUUUAAAUGUAUCUCUUGUUUAUGAAAUAUGUUCUGUAUUGUUGGAAGUGUCGAAAUUAUUCUUGUUUAGUGCGUUUAUUGUCAAUGUGCUUCCAAAAUCUGAUGCAAUUUCGAAAUUAUCUGUUUUCACGUAGGUGGCGUUUUAUUGAAAUGUCGUGGAGAUCUGAAUAUUCUCAGUUAUUUACUGUGUUUAUGAAACUAGUGAUAUUUAUUGUAAAUAUAGUGUAGGUGAUAUUUUUGGGGUUAUGUUAUGAGCAAAACUAUGUACAACAAUACUUUCUGAUGUUCCAUUCAAAAUAUUUACAUCUUGGAACAGUUGGUUUCUAAUAAAACCAUUUUUGAUGUAUUUCUGUUUGCUCAUAACAUAGUCUCUUACAGUAGUGUGAUAUGAGUAUUAUAGCAUUGGUUGAUUUAGAUUCUGAACUUCACUGAACCACAGUGCUAAUAAGUGCACGUAAGGUACAUUUUCCUUCGUUUUAUACGCCUAUGAAUCUAAAUUCAACCAAUGUCAUUAUCCUCAUUGUAUUUGUACGGGUAUGGUAAAUAAUAAUGAGCAAAAGCUCACAAAUUGUAUUAAAUAAAAUAAUUUCAUACAAAUUAUACAAUACUAUAAAGUAUAAAUAUAUUACAAG